AUGCGAAGAUUAUCAGUUACCGAAACAAACAAAAAUGAGGAAUGCUCUGUAGUUGUUACAUCGGCGCCUCCUGGUGGAAAUGCAGAGCAUAAUGCACAGAGCGUAGAGUAUCACAGCCAUGACAGUGAGACUUGCUUAACAGGGGAUAUACAGGUAGAGCUUGUAGCUGAUCACACUGUUAAUGAUACUGAUAAUUCUAAAGAACAUGAAUUGACACCUGUUUCCACUCGUACAAGAAGCAGCCAACUGAAACGCCCCAAAAUUGGAAAGAGUUGUUGAGUCUGAACCAGAAAAUGAGUACAUAGAAGGCAAAACUGAUACUCGGGACACAUCUAAGAAGCUGGAAUCUAAAGAACAAAUAGUGGAAAACUUUAAGGAACUCAUACAGCAACUAGCAGAAGAUAAAGACGAUAAUGACAUGGCUAAGCUUCAAGAAGAAAUAUCUGCUAAACCAGUGGAACAGAUAUUUGAAGAAACUCAGGACAUCCCAAAAAUACAAGGCAGCUUGGAGAAUAAACAGGACACAGAGACAGAGCCAGUAAACGGUGAUAUAACAAAAGAAUUGUUUCCGUCUGAUAUGAUGGAAGCGCUGGAAUUAGCCAACGAGACACUGGAUACCGAGUCUAAUUUGGAGCCUGCAGAUACAGAUGAGAAAUCCCUGACUACCCUUGUUUCAGUCAGCAUGGACCUAGAAAAAUCUUUGAAGAUUCAUUUACUGAUCAGGUUCUAA